GGGGCCGGGGUUCUGCCCCGGGGUGGCAGGGGCUGCCACCGCCUGUGCCCUGCAGACAUCAUGGCGGACAAGGAGGGGGUGACGCUGUCGCUGGAGGAGGAGGAUGGCGACGUGGCCCUGGCGUACAGGACGCCGGAGAAGAAGAGCCUGCAGGAGAUCCAGCAGCUGGACCCGGACGACGAGAGCCUGCGGAAGUACAAGCAGGCGCUGCUGGGGGCCAUUCCCAUGGCUGUGGAUGCCCGGGUGCCCAACGUGCAGGUGAUGAGGCUCACCCUGCUCUGCGAGCAGGCGCCGGGGCCCAUGAUCAUGGACCUGACAGGUGACCUGGAGGCGCUGCGGAGCCGCUCCUUCGUGCUGAAGGAGGGGGUGGACUACAGGGUGAAGGUGUCCUUCAAGGUGAGGCUGCGCUGCAGGCUGACCCGAGCACAGCGCCGCUUACCCAGCACCCUGGGGGCCCUGGUGGCUCGGGGUUCCCUUCAUCCAUUGCUCCUGCGCAUGGGGGCCCUGAUGCCCUGCAGCACAUCACCCCCAUGGUCCCUGCUGCCCCAUAGUCCCUGUCCCUCUGGCGGCUCUACCGCCCUGGGAUUCCUGCCAUCCAUGGAGGUCCAGGCCACCCUUAUGGUCCCGGCCUCUGAGGAGGGCCCAGCUACACUGGGCUCCUGCUCCCCAAGGGUCCCUGCCAUCUUGGAGGCCCAUGCCGUUCUAUAG